CGUCGGUCGGUCGAUUCGGAAGAAAACACACAAAGCAACACGGCAACGGCAGCGCAACACGGGGUUGUUCGUUCACCCUGCGCCCACGAGCAGUCUCGAUGCGCCGCCCCUCGCCGAAUGCGCAUUGCCCUCUCGCUGGCGAUCGAGAGCGAGAGGGCGGUGCGAGUGGAGUGGAGUGGACAAAGGCGUUGAGAUCGAUGUGCUGUAUAUAGAAGAGGGCAGCUCGUCCUUCCUUUUCCCUUUUCCACCACUACCACGAACACCACCCUUUCCACACUCACGCACAUAACAACAUGGGAUUCUUCAGCUCCGACGCCCACGCCGAUGUCUACCAGGAUCGUCACGAGGGCAAAUUCUCUCACGAGCUCAUCGCCGGUGCCGCCUCCUUUGAAGCAAUGAAGGCCUACGAGGACCACGAGCGUCGCGAAGGCAAGCCUGCGAACCACGCCAUGGCCAAGGAGCUCCUCGCUGCCUUUGUUGGCGGGGAGGUGGACAAGCUCUUUGAGACAAAGGGGCUAGACUAUCUUGAUCGGGAGAAGGCGAAGCGCCAUGCGAUUGAGAGCGCACAUGAGGAGUACGAUAAUCGCUACCAGUAG